UGAAGUGGAGGAGAGAUCUGAGAACACUGCCACCAGCACACCAGAACAGCUGACCUUCCCAGCCUAUACCACCGGCAGUAUCGUAGUGGCGUCGCAGUGAAGCAGUGAAACGUGAAUAUCAAUAUUGGCUGCGGGAGAGCGAGGCCGCCGGGAAGGAAGUCGUCGCCACGUGUACGCUGCCGUUGUGGCCCCGUGACUGCCGCCCCCCAAAACAAUGAAGAAGCAACCCACCAUGGCCUCAAGGACUCCCCCCUACCACCACCUCCUCCCGUACCUGGCGAGUGUGGUCGUGUCCCUGGUCUUCUUCGCCCCCGACGAGGCACCCACGGGCAAGGGCCUGGCACUCAAAUGCUUCCCGAUAGUGCUGCUGACCCUGCACUUGAAGGCCGUCGAGGGGAGUCGCCAGGGGGAGGCCAAGUGGGUGUACCGGGCCCUCCAGUUUUCCGUGGUUGGCGAUGCGUUUUUGGUAUGGCCAGACCAGUUCUUCAUCCAAGGCAUUCUGUUCUUCGCUGUCGCACAAAUCCUCUACAUAAAGGCCUUCGGAUUUCGUGAAGUCAGCAUAGGCCUAGGCGCCAUUCCUCUGUACGGCCUAAGCUUAAUCGUUCUGGUGCUCAUCCUACCCGGGUUGCCUACGCCCUUGAGAGUGGCCGUCCCCGUCUACGCGCUCAUAAUUACGACGAUGCUGUGGCGGGCGGUCGACAGAGCGCGCCUGCGCACCGACCUGAGCCAGGAGCGGCGCCUGAGCAGCCUCCUCGGCGCCGUCAUCUUCGUCAUCUCCGACCUGUGCAUCGCCACCCUCCAGGUCGGUCAGCUGAUUCCCCACGCCUACGCCCAGGUCAUCAUCCUCCUGACCUACUACCUGGCGCAGCUGUUCCUCGUCCUGGGUUCCUUCGAGUCCUUCUGGGAGAGGAUGGUCGUGACGCC